CAGAUAAUGCCAAAAAGUGAAAAAGAGCACAGAUUUCACGGCAAUUUUUUUUUUCGUAUAGAAGAAUUUAAACAAAAAAUUUAAAACAAAAUAAAUAUUAUGUUAAACUAGUAAAAAAAAUAACAAUAAUUAUAAUAAAUUAAAAAAAACAAAGAAAGUUAAAAAAAUACAUUGCCAGCAGCAAAAGCUAAAGAAAAAAAAUUUCUUGUCUAGCAGAUACGUAAAAAAAAUACACAGAACAUAAAAAUAAAAUAAAAACGACACAAGUGAAGGCUACCACAAAAGCUAAGGCAGUGGUUAGAGGAGAAAACCAUCAUAUAAACAUCAGCCACAACACACAAGCACUCUUUAAAAAGCUGGCUCUAACUGGCUAACUAAAGGUGCUAAAUAAUUAAUUCUUUAUCCUAAAAAAAUCCUUCAACAAAAAGGAAAAAACAUUAAAUAGAAAAACAGUUUACUAGCUACAAAGCAAAAAGACCCCUCCCCUCUUGAAGGCAGGGGUUUUUUUUAAACUUUCAAAGCACUCACUCACUACAGGGACAUAACGAAAUCCAAACAUGAUGAACAAUUAUGGCAAUAUGAUGAUGGGCGAACAAUUUCGCAAAAUGGAAUCAAAUUAUUCACCAAAAUCCUCACCACAUGGUGGCCGUUCACCCGUAGUCUCGCGACAAGAUUCAUCGGGUACGCUGAAGGCCACAAUAUCUUUGGGUAAAACACCCACCAUUAUACAGACGGGACCAUUCUAUUCGCUGAAAGAACCACCUGGGAAAGGUGAACUGACGGGUGAUAAAGAUCUCAUGACUGAAUAUGGUCUGCAUCAUACGUUGACCAAAUUUAAGGAUAAAAAAGUCAAAGAAUCACUAGCCUCAUUUCUGCCCAAUCUACCAGGAAUCUAUGAUGGAAUGAAUAACUUGGAAAAUAGUACAUUACGUAGUGUUAUUGAUAAACCACCCAUAGUUGGCAAAGAAUUGUUGCCUUUAUCUGCAGUACAAUUAGCUGGUUUCAGAUUACAUCCCGGACCGUUACCGGAGCAAUACAGAGCCUUAAAUACAACACCCGCACGUAAACAUAAAAAUAAACAUAAAAAACAUAAACACAAAGAUGGACAACAGCCACCAGAAACAAAUUUAAUGGAUUCUUCCGGCUUGGAAACGUACGAAAAGAAACACAAAAAACAAAAGCGUCAUGAAGACGAAAAAGAGCGGAAAAAACGCAAAAAGGAAAAGAAACGUAAAAAGAAAUCUCACAGUCCCGAACCGCCCUCAUCGGGUGGCGUCUCACCCAUGUUGGGUCCUACGGGUACCAAUACUAUGUUAGGCCCUGGCGGUAUGCCCAUGCAACAGGGUAUUGUGGGGGGUGUGGCCGGCGGCGGUGGUGGCAGCGGCGGACCAGGGGGUAUGAUGGGCGGUAAUGUAGGCGGCGGCGCUGGUAGUUUACAGGGCCUAUCUGUGGGGGGUGCCAAUAAUCCACUGGGGUCUGGGCCUGGGGUAACAACAAUGUCAGGCCCUGGUGGCAUGAUGAUGCCACAACAAGCUUCUUUAUUUUAGUUAAAAUUUAACAAAAAACACACACAUACAUAUAUUUACUAAAAAGUUUUAAGUCAUUUUUUAUUAGAUUUUUUUUUGCUAUCUUUUGUUUUUAGUUUAAAAUUGUGUUACUCUCACCUCCUCAUGUUUUCCUAAUUACCCAGCUUAUUUUACCACUUAAUUCUUAGUCCAACUGAUAAGUCCGCUCAAACAAACAAAAUAUUGAAUUAAAACAAAGAUAAACUAAAGUUUUCUUUAGCAGAAAAUGAGUAAAAUUGUAUCAAAAUUUAAAUAUUUUAUUAGAAUUUUAAAAAUUAUUAUAGAGAUUUUUAAAAUUACUGCUCAUUUUCUUUUUAAAGAAUAUGUUGUUUAUUUUUUCUGUUAAAAUUAGUAAUAGUUUUGUUCCCCCUCCUUUUCCCUCUUUUUAAGUUUCCAUUUUUUAUUUUUUAUAUAAACUAAGCUUAUUCAAUUAAAAACGAGCUUCCAAUUUAAGUUUUCUUUUUCUUAAUAGUUAUUUAUCUUCUGUUUUCAAAUUUGAUUUACCUUUUUGUUUGUUUCUUUUUUACGAAAAAAAAACUACCUCUCCUGCUGUUUAUUUUUUCUUUAAAUUCUUUUUAGAUUUUUUUUUUAAUUAAACAAAAUUUGUAAUAAUUUCUAAAAUUUAGUUAUUUAAUUUAACACACACACUUUUUUAUGAAAAAAAAUCUAUAUAUUAUAAAGAAAGAAAAAUAAAUAUAUUAUUUAGUUAUUUAAGAAGUUGUACGCAAAACAAAACCAACAAAACAAAUGAAAAAUAUUAUAAUACAAUGAAAAACCAUAAAUGAUAAGAAAACUUUAACAAAAUAUUUAAAAGAAACUAAGUAAAAAAAAAUAAAAAUAAAUU